AUGAUCAAUCAAGUCUGUGAUUAUCAUCCUGAACAAAGAAUUACUAUUUUGUGUUUAUACAAUUCAUGUUCAGAGGAUCGUCUAGGAUGCUAGAAGUGUCUUCUCUCAUUGCACAAGUCACACAUCAAAAGUUGUGUUUUGAUAUCAGAAAUCUAAAAGAAAUAAAAUUGCGUCGAAUUAUUUGCUAAUACUCAAAAUGAGUAAUAAAUUAUCAAGUUUUCAGAGGAUGAAUUAGUUCAUAAGGACAAACUCAAUAAAAUCACAACUCAAUUGCAAUAAUCUUUAAAAGGAUAUCUAAAGCAAAUCAAAUUGGAUCUUUUGGAGCAAGAAUCCAAACAAAAAACAAUUUAAAUGAAGCAUAAUAAAGAAAUCUUAAAUUCUUACUUCAAUUCUUACGAGUUUGAGAAAUUAAAGGAGUAAUUAACCAAAUUCAAAACUGGUUAAUCAACAGAAGAACAAAUAAAUGAUUUUAUAUCUCAAAUAAUAAAGGAUAGACAAAAUUUAUAGAAUGUUUGCCAGAAUCAAUUAGUCCAGGGAUCCAAACAGAAUGGAUUGACCUUAGAAUUUAAGGAUAUGGUGGUGACAGAAGUCUGCAAUUCAUUGGAGUCUAUCAAAAACUUUAUGAGAAAGGAUGAUUCAAUCUUUUUCUAUAAAUCCCAACUAUCACAAGAAGAAGAUGCCAAUAUCCAAGAGACUAUUAAGGGGAAAUAGUUUAUAUUCAAUGAUUAAGAUGAAGUGCAAUUGAUUUAUGGAUCAUGCACACUCUCAAAAGGAAUUUAUGAAUUCCAAAUUGCUAUCGAAUAUCUACAAAGUGAGUAGUAGAAACAAGAGGAGUAAUAGGAGGGACUGGCAUCCAUUGUGAAUAAUUCCCCUCAAUUGUAUAAUCCUUACUCUUAACAUACUAUUGGUGGACACAUCAGCAAUUCUGGGAUAUUUACACAAUAGGAAUAUCAACACUUGCAUAGAGUUUACAUCGGAGUAGUGGAGGAUUUGGUAAAGGAUCAAAUGGCCACCUAUUCCAUAAUGUAUCAGACACAGUAGUGUUGUGCUGUCGACAUUGUGAGAGGAGCAGCCAUCGGAUCAUUUCAUAUGAAACAAUAAUUAGGCGAAAAGAUAGAACCAAUCUAGUCUUUGUUUCAUAAAAAUAUGAAGAAGGGAUUGGUUCUGGCAUUCAAAAUCAAUUUAGAUGAAAACAAACUCAUUUUGACAGAUAGUGAAGGCAAAACUAGGUAUGAAGGACAAUUGUACACCAUGACAGGAGACAAUAUUAAACCUUAUAUCUUAAUUUACAAGAGCAAUGUUAAAGUAACGAUUAAUUGAGUUUAAAAAUAUUUUUUA